GCGAGGGUUCCUCCAGUCUCGUUGCAGGUUUCGCUCAACCACAUCUUCUGUUCAUUUUCAUUUAGUCCACUAUUAUCAUCACCAUGCCUCAGUAUUGGGAACCCGGCACUCAGUACAACUAUGGCGACGAGGUCUCCUACAAUGGCCACAACUACAAGAUCAUCCAGCCUCACCGAUCCCAGGGCGACUGGACUCCCGACGUGACCCCCGCCCUCUGGGGCCGCAUGCAAGACGGCGACCAGGGCUACGGUGGCGGCGGCGGCAACGACGAGAAAUCCGGCGGCUACCAGCCGUCGUACAACCAGGCGCCCCCACAGGCGCCCCAGUUCGCGCCGCAGCCCUCGGAGACGCAGGAGCACCCGACGGAGGAGGAGAAGGAGAAGCACUGGUACGACCUCGACGACCACCGCAAGAAGCAGCUCGAGGUCGGCGGCGGGCUGCUCGCGGGCAUCGCCGCGCUCGGCGCGGGCUACGUCGCGUACAAGGAGCACGGCAAGCACGAGGACGAGAAGAAGGCGCACGUGUGGGCGCUAAACAACUGGCUGCGCGACGCGCAGGCGCGCACCCAGGCGUACUACAAUGGGCAGACGCAGGGCCCGGUGACGUGGAUCUAUACGGAGGGGAAGAAUAUCCCGCCGAAUGCGAUUGCUGGUGGGCAGGAGACGUACGAUCGCGAGGGGCAGCAGAUUCUGUACAUCUCCAGAGCGUACUACGAGGGCGGCCUGCUCGUCGGCAAGGCUUCGUCCGUCUUCAAGCUCGGCGCUGUCGUCGGCUUUGAGCACGAGGAGAUCCACCUCGACAAGUACGAGAUCCUCGUCGGGGACCCAAAGGCGGUCAGGUGGGUGAACGUCGAGGGCGAGCUGAACGUGCAGUACCUCGGCGCACGCCCGGUCGAGGGCGGCAAGGAGCCUAACGGCACGCCGAUCUACAUCGCCAAAGCAUACCACAAGAACGCGGAGCACCCCGGCAAGGCGUCCCCCGCCUACGGCGACGGGUGCUUCAUCCCCUUCGGCAACAAGGAGGUCAAAGUUAGCAGCUACCAGGUGCUUUGCUACAACUACUAAGUAAACAAAUUGGAUCGCUCUGUAUGAUAAAAGGACAUUGUAGUUUGUACUUUAGAAAAUGAAAGCAUUGUUAUCGGCCUGUAUCGUUGACUCGCUAUCUUGGUCU